AUGAACGCCGGACUUGGGUAUACUUUAGAGUCGCUCUUUGGACCACCUUCAGAACCUAUUAAUAUAAAUAGCUUUUUGGAAUCGUCUACUUCUUCCCAAGACAAUCCAAGGAGCCAGGAAAUUGCCAAUACAGAGCUUAUCGAUGAAUGCAGAGUGGAAGAUCUAAAAGAACAUUUGUCCGCCACUUGGUCAAAUCCACUGCUUUCUGCCCACUUGAUUAAAGAUCACGAUCAUAUGGUCACUGCUCUUCAUGCUCUCAAUCAAGAAAAUACCAAAACCGCGAGAAAAAUCCAUUUGCCUGAUCCUGAAGCUCUUCCCGUCGAAGUGACGAGCCUGCAAAAGAACUUAGAUGCUGUUUCUCUCAGCUGUUUUAGGUUGAAAACAGACGCCGUUAUGUUCAUGCGUACACCGAAGAAUUCGGAUCGUAAUAUAUUGCAAAGCGUUAAAACCACUGAGCCUGGCAAGAUACCUCCUGAUCAAGAAGCAGUCAUCACAAUUUCUGUUUACAACAAAAUAACUUGGGGGCCAAGUUAUGUCACUCGUUCAGCUCAGCAUGUUUUUCUCUCUUCCCAGACUGUUCGAGAUGUUUAUGACUCCCUCGUUUGUGUGACCAAGAACUUACCUCUAGAAGCCGAUAUAUCUGAAAUGCAACCGGGUUCUGUAAUAUGCAUCGAAGGAGUUGCCUAUGGGACGCUUACAAACUGUAAUAACUAUGCAACUAAUUUGCUGGAUGCAUUAGCCAAGAGAAAUGACUGUCGUAUAAUUGUGGCACCAACCACUCAAGAAGAAACCAGUUUACAUUCUCUCACACUCCGAAUCAAUGAACCUUACUGGUUGGUUCACCAUGGUAAUUGUGAACAUUUUCUGGUUGUUGAUCAAAUCAGAUUGCUCCAUGCUCAGGACCCUCGUGGCGGAUACCCACUGACCUUGCAUAUCGCGCCUUCAUUACUUGAUCUUUGUCGUGCUUGCGCGAAGAUACCAGCGCUAUGGUCCAUCUUGGGGGAUGUACGCUUGGGCGAGAGCCCAUGUCUGCUUUGCGGUCCAUGUUGGACAAGUAUGAGAGAAUCUGCUGGCGAGGAAGUUAAGGUUUUGCCUUUACCAGAUAUCUUGCAUGUGUGA